AUGACUGCGGGUUCGCUGCAGGGCGCCAACGCCCAGAUGGCCAAGUGCAAAGAGUUCUCCUCGAAAGCCGCCUUCCAAACGUACUACCAGAACUUCCUGAAGUGGGAUCUUACAAUUGGAUCUGUGAAAGGCCCUGACCACGUCUUCUUCUUCACCUUCCGAGACGCUUUGAACUUUGGGGUGGGUGAGCACUUCGGACUCAUCAGCACUUGCGAUAGCACGGACUGCAAGCUCACGGAGGCAGAUUCAGAGGAGGAGCCGGAGGAGGAGCCGGAGGACGAGAAGGACGAGGAGCUGGAUAUGCAGAUGGUGGUUUGA